AUGAAGUUCUCUUCCACCAUCCUCGAGGCCCUCAGCCACCAUGCCAAGAAAACCCCUGACCAGGUUGUCUUCACCUGGGUUGACAUCAAGUGUGUGGAACAAAACAAGAUGACAUUCAAACAAGUCGAAGACCGAUCCAAUGCAGUGGCUGCUCGACUCCUCAAACUGGGAUGUGAAAAGGGAGACCGUGUCAUGAUUGCCUAUCCCUUUGGCCUCGAGUUCUUGGCUGGCAUGUUUGGUGCUGAAAGAUUGGAUCGUCCCCUGCUCCAUUUAUCCGCCAAACCCCAAUCAGCUUAA